UAUGUUACACUCUGACGCGUCUAAAGUAAUGAACGAGAGAACAGGAGGUGCCUGGAUGAGAGGAUGGAGAGAAGUAAAGGGAUAAGACUCUGGCAAGUUCAACAGGAGACUCUUCGGUGUGACGGCUGCUCCCUAGCAAACCUACUAAGGACCAAGGACCAAGGAGACCUGCAUCAGUCACUCAUCCAUAUAAGAUACCACAGGACACCAGCAAGCGACUCCAGAAGGAGGAGAGCAGUUUUAAAUGAAAUCUCAAGACACUAGUCCUCAUUCCGGUCGCCGUUCCGAGAUGGAGUCUCGCAGUAGAAACACCAGUAGAAGGAGCAGUGUCAGUCAACGCACAGAACCAAAAAAAGAGAGGGACCAAAGCAGCAGUCGUGCCAUUUUCCAAAGAGCCAACCGCUUCCUGUCCCGUGACCGAGAACAGCCGAAUGACAGCCCUCAAGCUCCCGUGCGGUACUACGAGAGAGGACACCCUCUUCCCAACAACUGCAGUCCUGAGCGCAAAGCCACCAUUCCCUUCCGAAACCCCGAACUGGGCCUUCCGUCCUACAGGAGGCGCCACGACGCGCUUAGCAACGAAGCCAUGAGCGGCCUCUCUCCUCUACGCUGCAUGACCUAUUCAAACUUCAGACGUGGUGACAGUCAGUCCCGUGCAAGCCCACGUUCGUGUAGUCCAAGGUCCUCCAAUGUGUCUCCACAAAGGCAAUCCCACAGCUCCUCCCAUCGCAGAGGUUCGACCUCCCAUCUUCACGCGAGCUCUCACACUUCAUCUAAACGAGCCUCUCGGAAAUGCAGUCCAGCAACAAGACGAGCCUCGGUGGUCUCAAAGACACACUCCCCCUCUCGAAAUUCUGCCUCUAACAGAUAUACAGAUUCAUCAAGCCACUCCCACAAGCAAAGUCCUUCUCAGAGCUCCUACGGUCAACACAGUCUGGACUCGGAAAAGCUGUAUCGGAAUCUACAAUCAAUUGCUAGUUCAGCGGAAUCGGACACCUCGCAACAGGGAAGAAACGGUUGGUCAAAAAGAUCUAGGGCCGAAAUGGAAAAUGAGAGUUACGGGUAUGAGAAUGGCCGAAGCAGCCGCAGUAGUGGUUGUAACAGUCGGAAAAGCAGAUCCAACACUGCUUGCAACAGCAGAGAUUUCUCACCGCCAGGUAGUCAGUACAACAGAAGCCAAUUUUCACCAAAAGGAAGUAGUCGUAUGAGUGGAUAUAACAGUCGCAACAGUGGUCGCAACACAGGCGCGAACAGUCACAACAGUUCACCUCCUCGUAGGGAUUAUGAUCAAAACGGCCAUAGUUCAACGAGGGAUAGAAAACAAAAUGAUUACAGAAGUGAUAAAUUGCAACCAUUAUCGAAAUCAUCCAUGACAGACAGACACUCCAGAACAGAUCUUAGCCAAUCACAGGGGUCCUGGCAUGAGACGUCACACUCUCCCAUGAGCCCCGCUUCCCCAGAGUCAUCACACAGCAUCUCGCCGUCAAAGCAAAGCCAAGAAGACACCAUGAAAACAGACAACCAGACCACAGAGAGAAGCAGAAGCACCAUUCGACGUGGUCUGGAAGCACUGAUACUCUCUGAAAACAACAGAUCUAAGAGCCAGCCACCUGUGCCCGAGAUGACAAUAGAGGACUAUGUAAUCAUAGCUGAUAUUCCCAAAGUAAAUCUGUAUCCGGAAGAAGAGGAGGCAAUCGUAGUGAGAAGACGGCCUCAGAGUCGCAGUCCACGUCGAGACAAACAACACAGCUACAGAGAAGAGAGAGAAGGCCGUGGUGAAUCCGUAGAGGCGGAGGAACGCGGGAGAGGACGGGAGCGAGGGCGGGACCGUAGAGAGAGGGAGAGGAGACGCCAUAACAAGGACGCCGGAGGCUCGUCCGAAACCAACAGUACCGUCUCCGGCGUUACACAGGUUUCGCAGCGAUCCAGAGAAGAAAAUAACUCUUCAGAUAGACAUGAGGGAAAACAACAUGACUCUCCACUGAUGCAGGGAUGGAUGUUCAUGUUGGAUAACUGCGCAGAAUGGAGAAAGUUCUGGUUUGUUCUGGACAGCUCUGGACUGAGAUACUAUACCAACCCUGAUGCUGAGGAGGGGGAUGGGCCAGAUGGAGAGAUUGAUAUUUCAUGCUGUCUCGAUGUGGUGGAGUUUGAAGCGGAUAAGAACUACGGACUUCAGAUACACAUGAAUGAUGCUGAAAUCACCCUGUCAGCCAUGACUUCCCGCAUCAGGAGGAACUGGAUCGAUGUUCUGCAGAGACGCAUCAGAAGCACUGAAUCACCUGAUAACAUGCGGUCAGAGCCCACUAGCCCAUCUCACGAUGACCCCGACAUGAUGUCACUGCCUUUGACCAAUCACCGGGAGGCAGGCGUGGGCCGAGACACGGAACAGGAAAAGCGGUUAGGGGACAGGACUAAGUGGUUCCAGGAAGCUGCCUCGGACAGAGAGGCCGACAGCCCGUGGGACAAAGUGCAGCUGAAAAAGGGGGCAGUAGCUUGUGUUAUGCCUCAUAUCCAUGAGACCAUGACAGGGAUGGACAUCGAGAAGAAAUGGGAGGAUUUUGAGAAGAUUCCUGUCGGAGAGAUGAGGUCAUUGUCGCUGAUCGGCUCAGACGCUCCACAAGGAACCAAUGAGGGGCUACAGAGUGAGGUGCCUCCGAGGCAGCAGACGGAAGUGAUGCGUAAAUGCCGAGCCGGACCAGGAUCUGCGCUUCCCUGCGGCCCGGGUUCACUCUGUGCCUCCAGGCUGGAAGAGCUAGAGAGAGAACACAGGGAGAGACUGCAGGAAAUGGAGAGAACACAUGAGAGAGACAGGAGACAGCUGGAGACUCAGAGAGAGCAGAUGCUGAGGGACGAGGCACAGCACGCUGCAAAAGCGAUUGAAGCUCUGAGGAAGGCCCAUCAGGAGGAGCUGGAGAGACUGAGAGGAGGAGAACAGACAGUAGUGAGUGAGUGCAAGUCCGAGUGUGUGUCUCUGCAGCAGGAGCUGGAUGGUCUGUCAGAGCAAUACACUCAGAGGUGUGUGGAGCUGACUGACUUACAGAACGUCACGGGCCAGAGGCACACGCUGAUCAAGGAACGGCACAGAGAAGUGGAACAGCUCCGCAAAGAGAACCAGGAACUGCAGGCACGCCUGACCGAGGAAAUGAGUCUAAUGCGGUCCUUCAUCACGGGUCAAAGGUCAGGGGUCGUCCCUGUCGGAAGCUACGAGCGCAGUGCCUCAGAACUGGAGAUGUUGUUGCGAGUGAAGGAGAAUGAGAUCGAGUAUUUACACAAGGAGAUCAGCUGUCUCAGGAACGAGAUCCAGUCAUUAAUUAAGGAGAAGCAGGACAUGAGCGAGCGUUAUAAAGCCAUGUACAUGGAGCUUUGUGCACUGAAAGGGCUGAGUGACCGAGAGAUCAGCUCUCUGAAAGAACACCUCCGACUGACCAGCGCCGCUCUGGAUGAGGAACAGCAGCAGCAACUGAGGCCUUAAAUUAUUCAGAACAUGAACUGUCUUUCAUGGAUGCUUUCAUCCGCCUCCAAUGCAGGAGUGCAGGACAUCUCGUUACGUCACGGUACUUUCCAGGGCAGUUUUGCUACCAGAAAAUAAAAAAGAUUUAUGUAAAGAUGUAUGUAAAUCGUUCACUUGUCUAAAUUUAUUUUUAUUUUUUUGGAGAAAGAGCAGGCAGUGAGCGAUUAAACCUACACACUAAAUAAAGGUCCAAGCACAUUGUACACGAUUCUGGAGCUUUUUUCCCCCAUGUAGAAAACAAAUUUUCAUGUUAUCAUAGAUUUCAGUUGUUGUUUUUCAGGGGUUGGGCUCGGCCCCUUAGUUCCAGUGAAAGGAACUCUUAAUGCUUCAGCUUCAUACCAAGACAUUUUGGACAAUUUCAUGCUCUUUGUGGGAACAGUUUGGGGAUGACCCCUUCCUGUUCCAACAUGACUGCACACUAGUGACCAAAGCAAGGUCCAUAAAGACAUGGAUGAGUGAGUUUUGUGUGGAGGAACUUGACUGGCCUGCACAGAUGCCUGACCUCAACCCCAUAGGGAUGAAUUAGUGCGGAGACUGCAAGCCAGGCUUUCUCAUCCGUCAAUGCCUGACCUCACAAAUGACCGCGCUUCUUGAGGAAUGGUCAAAAACUCCCAUAAACACACUCCUAAACCUUGUGAAGAAGAGUUGAAGCUAUUAUAGCUGCAAAAGGCAGGACAACUCCAUAUUACAUUCAUGUGCAUGUAAAGGCAGACGUCCUGUCUCGCAGUCUCCGCUCUAAUUCAUCCUAAAGGUGUCCCCAAACUGCCCCUAAAAAUCUAAUAAUCCUGCUUUCUAUUAUGUGAACUUGACUUUCAAUCAUAGAACUAGAAAGGUGACAUCAUUACACAGCCUGUAUUUUUGCCCAAAUGUCACAGUUUCAUUAAGGUCGACUGUCCAUAAUUUGACUCACUUGAGUAGAUUGGAAUCUACUGUAAUGGAUAGAUAGUCUAA